GAUGUAACAUUUUACCAGAGCUUCAGUCUAAGAUGCAGCGGGAAGGACUACCAUGUUUCUUUUCGUGAGGGGUAAACAGGAGUGAGGUGGCUGCGGAAGACACGAGGUGUUAGAUAUUAAUCUAUCUUGAUCUCAGGAUGUACAGUUUACUAGCACAGAGCUGAGGUUGUAAAGCAGAUCAGCAGUGAAAGCUCUGUGCUUUUAAGUUGUAGUGUAGUUUUGUUUUGCGUAUAGUGUUAAAGUUUCGGGAAGGGGCUAACCUAGGGGAUUGCUCUAGUUUCAAAGGUCGUAUGUUUGGGUCAUGUCUCCAAACAGAACCGGUGACCUCCUCUGACUAAAAGCUGAGAUCAGCCUGGAGAGGAAUGUAGGUUGUCACCAGAGCUAUUUUGGCUAUGUACAGGCACUAGUGAUUGUGAUCACAGAGCGGAGUUCGGAGCAGUUGCUUUGCUCUCCUUUUUCCCUCCCAGCAAGUUUGAUCAUGCAGCUCCCACCGGUACUGCAGGGAUUACAGAGUUAAACGGAUGGCACGUCGGCUCCGCUUGCAUUUUGCGUCAAGGAGAAGCAACACGGACCCUCUGUCAGAAAGCCUCAGCAGCCAUGGUGAGGAGAGUGGAGUCGGUGUGUCAGCUCAUAGCCCCACAGAGAGUCUGGCGCACAGUUCUGUCCACUUGAAGGUGACUCCCCUGUCACCAGACUAUGGUAGUAAUCGCUACUCUUCAGUAUUUAUACCCAGAGUUAACACUGGAGGAUGUAAUAAGAAGAGCAUAGUGCAGAUCUCGCUGCAGCCCUGUGGAAAGCUCAGUGGAGAGCUGGAUGGCAGUAUAGAGGAUGGAGACCCGGUGGUUAGUGAAGGAGGAGCAGGUACUGGCUCUGACGGAGGCUCGUGUAGCAGCAGCAUGGCCAGCGAUGCCGGGUACUGUAGCAGCAACAGCAUCUUUGAGCCAGAGGCUCCAGAAAAGCACAGGACCACCCAGGAGAGGAGUGUACUCUCCUGCAAGUCCAAGGUCCCACUGAGACGGUGCUCCUCCUUGGUUAUAUUUCCAAAGAGCCCCUGCAGCACCCCACCUGCUUCCCCAGUAAGUCCAGUGGCUUUGCCUGCUCUCCCACCGUUAAGGGGGUCUAAUCAGUCAUCUCUUCAGACAUCUGCCAGUGAAUACUCACAAGACGAUGAGGAGGCGAUUUGCAAAGGGUCCACCACCACGGCUGUAAGUGGUCUCCGUCACCCAAAAGGAAACUGUUCAACUGAGUUCAGGGACACGAAACACAUGGUGCAAUUUAAUAUUCCUUUACAGGAUGAACCAAAAUGCAAAAUGGAGGACAGGAGUAAAGUGAUGGAACUGUCAUCGGCUCUAGACAGAUCAAAUCGUCACUCUAGCUGCGUGUUGCUGCACUUUGCCCACCAGAGACCAAUGAUAUCGGGGAAGGGAGCUACAACCACGGCUACAGUCAAUGUGGAAUACCCUGAGACUCAUUACCCAGCUACACACCCUGAGGGUGAACACAACAAACACAAAAAACUGUAUCGUAGUACCUCUGCGUGUUUGUUUUCCUCAACCAAACCAUCAGAGAAAAACCAUAAGGUCUGUUCAGCAGAGAAAGGCCAAGAAAGGCCUGAGGAAAAUCACUGUCAUCGUGCCAUACAAAGGAGCUUUUCCUUGGAGGUGCCCUACGCUAAUACUGGAAUUUCCUGUCAUGUCUCGAACCCAAAACUCAGCAGCCCUUGCUCUCCCCAUGUGCAUAUUCAUUUGUCCCCUGGCUGCCCAGCUAAGUUGCCUGGUUCUGUCACUGACGUUAACACAAGCCACAAAGGGAAUAACGCACCAAAGAGCCCAGGUCAGAAUACCAAGACACGUGAUGACUUUCUCGGACAGGUGGAUGUCCCCUUAAAUCAGAUACCGACAGAAAAUCCUAAUUCAGAAAGGCCAUACACAUUCAGGGAUUUUCUGCUUCACCCACGAAGCCACAAGUCCAGAGUCAAAGGUCACCUGCGUCUCAAAAUGACUUUCCUGCCAAAAAAUUCUGGUUCAGAGGAGGAAACGACAGAUCAGAGUGAGGACACAGAUCCUGGAGGCUGGGAGCUCCUGGAGAAUCAGGACAUGUCAGGUCCCAGAGAAAGCCAGCUGCUGCCUCCUCUGCCCCCUGGCUGGGAGGAGCGGCAGGACAACCUGGGAAGAAUUUACUUUGUCAAUCAUGAAACCAGAACCACACAGUGGCUACGACCCUCAGUACAGGAUGCUAAUUUGGAAACUCGAAGGAUACAGAACAAUGAUACAGAUGUGGAGCAUGCUUUCAUUACACGCAGGCAAAUCUCAGACCAUGAUGAGAGCAACACACAGGAGUCUCCAGAGAGCUGGGAGAUCAUAACGGAGGAUGAAUCCACUUUGUACCACAGCAACAACCAGAUCACAUCACCUCCACCUCAGGCGCCUGCAGAUUUCCACCCGUUCAUUGACGAGCUGAGAAAUGUGCACAUUACUGGGGCCACAGCUGGCGAGCAGCGCACCUCCCAGACGAAUCAUGCUAGUAAUUCAAUCCAUUCCAGUCGCAGAGGAAGUGCCCAGGCUUCAGGCGGAGAGGAACAUCCUGUUAAUCCUGUGCUGCUUCCAACCACAGCUGGGUUGCCUCCAGGCUGGGAGGAGAAACGGGACAGUAAAGGAAGACGCUACUACAUCAACCACAACAGCCGAACCACAACGUGGACACGACCACUCAUUCAGAGAACCUCAGAUGCUACAGCACAGAGCAGUGCAAGUGUACGCCGAAGCCCAACACCGCCCCAACCGCCUGCACCAACCGCACCACCCACACCGCCUGAGGAGUCUCCUCAGAGCACUCCAAGCCCCGAGGCGCCGUAUGAAUCUGGCUUAUUGCCGUCCGGUUGGGAGGUUCGCAGUGCUCCCAAUGGAAGACCCUUUUUCAUCGACCACAUCACGAAGACGACUACCUGGGAAGAUCCCAGGCUAAAGAUCCCUGUGCACAUGAGGAGGAGACCCUCACUCGACCCUUCUGAUCUCGGCCCUCUGCCGCCUGGUUGGGAAGAAAGGGUCCACUCUGAUGGGAGGAUAUUCUACAUUGAUCAUAACACCAAGACCACACAAUGGGAUGAUCCCAGAUUACAGAACUCAGCUAUAACUGGACCAGCAGUGCCUUACUCUAGAGACUACAAACAGAAGUAUGACUACUUCAGAAAGAAGCUGAAGAAACCGGCCGACAUCCCGAAUCGUUUUGAGAUGAAGAUGAGACGAAAUGCAGUGCUGGAGGACUCAUACCGACGCAUCCUCUCAGUGAAGAAAGCGGACCUGCUGAAAGCCCGACUGUGGGUGGAGUUUGAAGGAGAAAAAGGACUGGACUACGGUGGCCUGGCCAGGGAGUGGUUUUUCCUCAUGUCCAAGGAGAUGUUCAACCCGUACUAUGGACUGUUUGAGUAUUCUGCCACGGACAACUACACCCUGCAGAUUAACCCUAACUCAGGUUUAUGCAAUGAGGACCACCUGUCCUACUUCAAGUUCAUCGGCCGAGUGGCAGGAAUGGCCGUGUAUCACGGCAAACUCCUUGAUGCUUUCUUCAUUCGGCCGUUCUACAAGAUGAUGCUGCAGAAGCCGAUCACGCUCCAGGACAUGGAGUCUGUUGACAGUGAAUAUUUCAACUCCUUGAUGUGGAUUUUGGAGAAUGAUCCAACAGACUUGGAUCUGAGGUUCACCAUCGAUGAGGAGCUGUUUGGACAGACUCACCAGCAUGAGCUGAAGCCAGGAGGCACUGAGAUUGUCGUCACAAACGAAAACAAGAAGGAGUACAUCCACCAUGUGAUGCAGUGGAGGUUUGUAAACAGAAUACAGAAGCAGAUGACCGCUUUCAAGGAGGGAUUCUUUGAGUUGAUACCCCAAGAUCUGAUCAAGAUCUUUGACGAGAAUGAGCUUGAGCUGCUCAUGUGUGGUCUCGGAGAUGUGGAUGUGAAUGACUGGAAGGCGAACACCAAGUACAAGAACAGCUACUGCUCCAACCACGUAGUUAUCCAGUGGUUUUGGAAGACAGUGCUGCUGAUGGAUGCAGAGAAGCGAAUCCGGCUCUUACAGUUUGUGACAGGAACAUCCAGAGUCCCGAUGAAUGGCUUUGCUGAACUCUAUGGGUCUAACGGGCCACAGCUGUUCACCAUCGAGCAGUGGGGAACACGGGAUAAACUUCCCCGGGCCCACACAUGCUUCAACCGGCUGGACCUUCCUCCUUACGAGUCCUUUGAAGAACUGAGGGAGAAACUUCACAUCGCUAUUGAGAACGCACAAGGCUUCGACGGGGUGGAUUAGAAGUUGAUGAUGCGGUGGUGUUGAUGAGGAUAAACAAGCUGUGCGUCAGACUCGGGUCUUAACCUGCCAGCUGUGUGACAGAUGAAGGACAGCUACAGCACCUUCGCUUUGGUCCUCUUCUGGGGCACACAUGGAGAACAGACAUUAAACCUGGAGUGACGGAGGUAUUUUUGUAUCACCCCACGUGUUCUGAAGUUUACAAAACAGGUUCUCUUAUUAUUUGCUUUUUGUAUUUUAAGGUUUAUUCACUCUUAUAUGUUCUGCUAAAAUGCUUAAAUAUUUAAUGAACUUGAUUCUGUGAAAAAAAUGAUACUAUACAAAAUGAAUGUGAAUGCAAGCUGUACAGUAUAUGAGAAAAACAUUUAAUCAGUUUUAUCUGGUUUGAAUCAGAAUCACUUUAUGCUCAGCUUUUCACAUCGCAAGACAUUAUGUUGCUAUUAUUGGAAACUGAUCAUGUCAAGGGGUUAGAAUUAUCAAACAUGUUGAGGCUAACAUAAGGAUGAAAAACUUGAUCAUAUCUCCAUUGCUAUUUACAUCCUCUUCUCUACAUACUACUGUUCAACUGUGCCUUUAAACAUGACCUUCACUCAACCAGAGGAAAAUGUUGUCCAGAGGUUUUAAAAAUUACAGCAGGAAACUGUUUUUUGUUAUUUAAAUUUUCUGUACAUUACCAUUUCAUUCCGGUAUAUUACAAUCACUGAUGCAGUAAAUCCCAACUAUAUGGACCUCAAAAGCAUUUGCAGCAUAAAAUGUGCAGGUUACAUACAAAUUUGAGCAACUACAGUUAAACUGAUUGUAUCCAUGUGUCAGUUAAUCAUUUUUGGUAGUGAUGUACCAACACCAGGACCAGUAAAAGGCUAACCUAAUUAUACUGUAGUUUGUAUCUGUGUAGUCCACAGAUCCAAAGAUGUGAUUGCCUGCAGUGUUAGUUUGUGUUGAAAUACUAUGCAUAAUUGUACAUAUUGACACCAGAAAAUAAAAAUUACAUGUUGCAUUUAAAGUGUACAUGUAAAUAUAACUUUGCCUUCUAAAAACUGAUAAAGCAUUUAUUAUUAAAACUGUUAAAGUUACACAAAUAUCUCAAAAUGGCAAAAAAGAAAAAAGCUAUCAGCGCACCUCUGCAUUUAUUCAUGAUCAGUAACUCCUCAUACUCAAGUUAAACACUGACUGUUUAUGUUCCAGAAGAAUAAAUAAAUGUAUAUUUACAUUAUAUCUCGUGAGGAUUAGCUUUCCAUAAACCUAAUCAGACAGACUGCCACGGUUUGCUAACGGUUUGUUAAAUACUAUGUUUUGUUGCCUUUUUUGUCAGUGAAUGACAUCAUUUUAUUUUCUUCUACUCAUCAAGGGUGUCUGAUUGCAACACAGUGCUCUAUUUUUAAGAGUACAACUUUAAAAAUUGUUUUGUUGGUUGUCAAAAUGUGUACAGAUUUUUCAAAAUGAGUAAUGACUCAUAAUACCUUUGUAAGAAAGUAACUGUACUUAAGCAGUAGUUGUGUCCUUUUCUGAAUGGUGAAACAUGUGUUUACACUACCUGCCAUGUUUACAGGUAAAGGAAGAUAUUGUGGGCUGGUUCUUGUCUCUGACAACACAAUUUUAUACUUAUGCUUUUAUAAAGUGAAGCACUUUGUUAAUAUUGAUGAGUCUUACUUCUGAGCUGCCUGAAUCUUUGCCAAUCUGUCAACUGCAGACUCCUUAAAUCACUCUUUGACAACAUGAUCCUAUGCUUCAAGUGCACGUGUUUAAAUGUUUACAUGUGAACGUUGCUGAAAAUAAGCACAUUCUCUUCUUUCACUUCGAUUUAAAAUGAAAUACCAAGGCCUUCAUUUGUAAUGUGUUGUAAAAUUCGAUUAUGUUUAUUGAUGUUCCGAUCUCUGAAUGGAAGUACUGUUAUAUAUGUAUUAUUGUCUACUGAAGAGUAAUGAAUUGAUCGACUUUUCAUUUCUGAUAGAAAACUUUGUUAUUAUAACACCUAUAAGUGCAUUACAACAGCAUAAAUGCAACAUAUAUGCAACAGUUUAAAGGGCAAAAUGAACUGUAGCUGUUAAAUCCCAAUUUGAUGACCUAUAGCACACCAAACUGAAUAUAUUUGAAGAAUAAAAAAAAUUUUAAAACAGCCA